CUCCCCCGCCAUAGAAACCGGUGUUACUUGUGGUCACUCGGCGAGAGCCGCCCCCCCCUCCCGCCUUGCUUCGCUGCAAGGGGGUGGCCCUUGGAAACACCUUGUUUUAACAUACACGCUAUAAAUACAGCUCCUGGCGUGGGAGCAGGGCUAGAAGCUGCAGCAGGACUCAGGAACACUCGCCGAACUGGCUAGCCGCAGUCCGGAAGCCGGUGCUUGAGGCUCACGCCACUCUUCGCAAACAGACACUUUCUGACUCCGACUCUGCAACUACGAAGUAGAGGGGAAACCUGAGGAAAAUACUGCUUAGCUCUUGGAAAGAAAUAGUUGCGGAGGAAAAUCCGAGGAGGAAAAAACACACCCUCAACCUUCUCCUGGGCUUGGUGCUCGGUUUCCCCGGGCGCAUUGAUUCGAUUUGAGGCGCCGGCGCUUCCAGGACUUGGGCGGCACACCCUCUUCUUGCAGCAUCCGCUGCCAGUUCGCCUCGCUUUCGUUGUACUCCGCCCAGCUGCCAGCAUGAUGCAGAUCUGCGACUCGUACAGCCAAAAACACUCCCUCUUUAAUGCAAUGAACCGCUUCAUCGGGGCCGUCAACAACAUGGACCAGACCGUGAUGGUGCCCAGCCUGCUUCGGGAUGUGCCUCUUUUGCUGGAGGAGCUGGACUCGGGGGGUGGCUGCGCGGAAAGGGAGGCCCAGUUGACCCCCAACGGUGGGACCUAUUACUCCCGUAGAGACAUGUACAGCCACUACGUGCUGCUCAAGUCCAUUCGCAACGACAUCGAGUGGGGAGUGCUGCAGCAAGCUGCCGAGGAGGCGGCCGGCAGGAAGAAGGACAAGCUGAACGGGGGCCCCGGCUCUGUGGACAUUAGCCGGGGAAUCGCGGAAGACGGGGAGGUGGAGGAAGACUUGGAGAAGCAGUUUCAUUAUCACUUAAGUGGACUGCACACCGUGCUCUCCAAACUCACCCGCAAGGCCAACGUGCUCACCAACAGAUACAAGCAGGAGAUUGGAGCCAACAACUGGGGGCAUUGAUCCAGGGAGGAGGAAUAUGCGGCCUGCCUGCCUACCUUGCUUGCCUGAGUGUGAGAAUCCGGAAGGAGAGAAUCAGUUUGGAAAGGGCUAGCAAAGAGCGGUAGCAAGAAAUUGUGUGUGUGUGUGUGUGCGCGCAGGGGUGUGUGUGUGAGAGAAGCUUGGGUGCGGGUGGGCCCCUGCCAGAGAAGAGAGGGGGGACAUACUGUUUGUGUGAAAGAGGGGGACCCUGUCAGAAAGAAGGGGCAAAUACUAUGUGGUAGUUAAGGGAAUUUGAACAAAGAAGGGAGUUGGUUGUCAGCGGUCAAUGGUGAGCAUAGGAAUGAAUGCAAAACCAUGAAGAGGAGUAUGAAGAUGAAAAAGUGGAAGGGAGUGACUUUCAUGCAAAGAAUACACUGUUAGGAGUUUGCUGUUGGCCCCUGUAGACUUUCAUGAAGGCAGGGUAAUGGAUCUCUGUAAUAACAAGCACAACCGGACAGCUCAGUAUGAAGUUUCCAGAUUUUGAGGGCUCAGAAUGAGGUACAGUGCCCCAAGCCAGUUACUGAAUGAGUAUGCUUGUAAUCACUGGAAAAUUCUGUGUGUGUCGGUGUGAGCGUGAUGGCAGUGCUAGUGGCAAUUGCAUCACUUCUUUCCUGUUUUGCACUACUUUUGUAACAUUAACAUAUAUGUAUAUACAGUCUAAAAAUGCUCUUCUUUGCAUGCUCUGUUUUUGUUUUUUUUUAACCAACGCACAAAGAUGUACAUUCGUCAAUACUACCUUUGGGAUUUUGGGGUUUUUUUUUAAUAGACAGGGAGAACAAUUAUCAUUCCCCUUAAAUAAAGACACCCAUCUUUCCCUAUUAUGCAUGAGCUGGUCAACAUGAUACUGCAAAUAAGCCACUUAAAACUAUUUAUAUUCUGUUGCAGUGGAUAGAACCAGUUCAUUAAUGUGCACCCUUUCCUCCAGGGAAAGACAAAGGGUUCCAGUGUUGUACAUGCAUUGAAGACUAUUUAAAACUUUUUUUAUUCAGAUGUAGAGUAUAUUCUAAAAUAAAUAAGAAAUUAUAUUGGCUAAAA